AUGACCCCGGCGACGAUCACCGAGCAAAACUUCCCCGCGGUGCACUUGUCCUGUAUCUUCGGCGCCGCGCACUUCUUCUACGCGUGGGUCUUCUUCGUCCUCUCGACGUCGUCGAGGUGCUCCGCGCUUCGACUGAAAAUAAUUCGAGGCUACGCGUGCGGCUUGUCCGUGUUUUACCUCGCGAAUUUGAAGUACCCUGCUGCAGGGAGGGCGCACGAUUCGAUGUGGGAGAUGCCGCUGCCGGUGUUGUACUCGCUCUCCGCGGCCGCGCUCUUUGGGAGUUGUGGGUUCGAGAACGUGUUCGCGAGACGAAGCCAGCGGAAUCGGAAAAAGCCGUCCGCCGGCGAGCCGACGCCCCCGCGCGUCGACGCGGUCGGGCGGCAAGGCGAAGCGAAAGUGAACGAACGACGCGACGCGGCGACGCGGGGUCCAUCGACGUGA